GCGCAGCCGGGCUCUGGGAAGCGCUGCCGCGCUCGAAAGGUUGUGUCGGGGGCGCCGUCCUAGUGGCGGGGAGCGCACGGCUGAGGGGACAUGAGAUCGGAGAAAUCCCUUACGUUGGCGGCGCCGGGGGAGGUCCGUGGGCCGGAGGGGGAGCAACAGGAUGCGGGAGACUUCCCGGAGGCCGGCGCAGCGGGGGGCUGCUGUAGUAGCGAGAGGCUGGUGAUCAAUAUCUCCGGGUUGCGCUUUGAGACACAACUGCGCACCCUGUCGCUGUUUCCCGACACGCUGCUGGGAGACCCUGGCCGCCGUGUCCGCUUCUUCGACCCCCUGAGGAACGAGUACUUCUUCGACCGCAACCGGCCCAGCUUCGACGCCAUCCUCUACUACUACCAGUCCGGGGGCCGGCUGCGGAGGCCGGUCAACGUGCCCUUGGACAUCUUCCUGGAGGAGAUCCGCUUCUACCAGCUGGGCGAAGAGGCCCUGGCAGCCUUCAGGGAGGACGAGGGCUGCCUGCCUGAAGGCGGAGAAGACGAGAAGCCACUGCCUUCCCAGCCCUUCCAGCGUCAGGUGUGGCUUCUCUUCGAGUACCCAGAGAGCUCUGGGCCCGCCAGGGGCAUCGCCAUCGUCUCGGUAUUAGUCAUUCUCAUCUCCAUCGUCAUCUUUUGCCUGGAGACCUUGCCCCAGUUCCGUGCAGAUGGUCGAGGUGGAAGCAAUGGUGGUGGUGUGAACAGAGUCUCCCCCAUUUCCAAGGGGAGUCAUGAGGAAGAGGAGGAUGAAGACGAUGCCUAUACGUUUCAUCCUGGCAUCACCCCUGGGAGAGUGGGGUCAGGGGGCUCAUCUUCACUGAGUACUCUCGGGGGCUCCUUCUUUACUGACCCCUUCUUUCUGGUGGAGACUCUGUGCAUCGUUUGGUUCACCUUUGAGCUCCUGGUGCGCUUCUCUGCCUGCCCCAGCAAACCAGCCUUCUUCCGCAACAUCAUGAACAUCAUUGACUUGGUGGCCAUUUUCCCCUACUUUAUCACUCUGGGCACUGAGCUGGUGCAGCAGCAGGAGCAGCAGUCAGCCAGUGGAGUGGGUGGCCAGAAUGGGCAGCAGGCCAUGUCCCUGGCCAUUCUCCGAGUGAUCCGCCUGGUCCGGGUGUUCCGCAUCUUCAAGCUCUCCCGCCACUCCAAGGGGCUGCAGAUCCUGGGCAAGACCUUGCAGGCCUCCAUGCGGGAGCUGGGCCUGCUCAUCUUCUUCCUCUUCAUUGGAGUCAUCCUCUUCUCCAGUGCCGUCUACUUCGCAGAGGCUGAUGAUGACGAUUCGCUCUUUCCCAGCAUCCCAGAUGCCUUCUGGUGGGCAGUGGUUACGAUGACCACCGUAGGUUAUGGGGACAUGUACCCCAUGACAGUGGGGGGCAAGAUCGUGGGCUCACUGUGUGCCAUCGCUGGGGUCCUCACUAUCGCCCUGCCGGUGCCUGUUAUUGUAUCCAACUUCAACUACUUCUACCACCGGGAGACAGAGCAGGAGGAACAAGGCCAGUAUACCCAUGUCACUUGUGGGCAGCCUGCACCGGACCUGAAGGCAGCUGACAAUGGACUUGGCAAGCCUGAAUUAUCCGAGGCCACCCGGGAACGGAGACCCAGCUACCUUCCCACUCCACAUCGGUUGUAUGCAGAGAAAAGGAUGCUCACUGAGGUUUGACCACUGCAGGCAGGGCCUACAUGAGAAGGGUGACACCGAGCAAAUAAUUUCUUAGGCUUCCUUCUCAU